AUGAGUGAGUCAUCUCAUGAAGGUCGGCAAAGAAGAAAAGAGAAGGAAAUAAAGGGCAGACGAACACUGUGGGUAGUCAAUAGUCAACAGUCCAAGUCGUCCCUAAGCUUUCGACGAAAGGAGUGGCCUCCAAAUAGCCCGAUGAGCCCGUCUCCUUCCCUCACUUUCAUAAACCCUUCAAAGAGAGCCAGGAUAUACCAUUGGACGUAUAAACCACUCUUGAUUUUUAAUGCACGCGCUGACCGCGUGGGAGCUUUCAUGUCCAGUGGUUAUAAAAAGCCAGAGAAUUUCAGUGUCCUCUGGUUGCUGCUUAGUUGUAGUUUCAGCUUUGCUGUUGAGAGUGAUAUCAACUGCUUGAAAAGUAUAAAACACUCACUUGAAGACCCUUUGGGCAACCUAAACUCUUGGGAUUUCAGCAACAACACUCAAGAGCUUUCGGAUUUGGGACUGAAGGGCUCGUUUCCUUGGGGCUUAGCUAAUUGCACAAGCCUAACAGUGUUAGAUCUUUCAAGAAACCAGCUCAAUGGACCUCUUCCUACUGAUAUCGAUCAAAUCAUUACGUUCGUUACGGUCCUUGAUCUCUCAUCUAACAGCUUCACAGGGCCAAUCCCAAUUAAGCUUUCCAAUUGCAGCUAUCUGAAUGAGCUGAAGCUUGACAACAACAAGUUCUCGGGUACCAUUCCUCCAGAACUUGGCCAGCUUAGAAGGAUUAAAACAUUUAGUGUGGCCAACAAUCAGCUGUCUGGCCAAGUCCCAAACUUUAAUUAUGCAUCAAUUACAGCGGACUCUUUGGCAAACAAUCCUGGACUUUGUGGGAAGCCUCUGGAGGUGUGCCGGUCAGCUGCAAAGAAGUCUAGCAUUGUUAAGGUUUUGAACUCAUACAAUGUAGCUAUAGCAGCAGCAGCUGGUUUUGGUUUUGGUUUUCCUUUUUCUUUUUGUUUUUUCCUUCCAAGAGCUCCUAGUGUCCGUUAUUUGGUGGUGUUCGCACGAAGAUUUAAAAGUUGA